AAGUAACGUUUUGAUAGAUAACAUCAAGUGAAUUGUAUGGUAUUGCACAAGAAAGAAAUGUCAAGGCUUCAUUGUUUUACCUAGUUUGAAGAGUUUCAUUUCUGUAACCGUGUCCUAUAGUUAUUUUGACGUCUUAUUGCAAUUGUUGAACUCACUAUAAAAAUGGAAGACUGUCACUUAGACGUUCACCGUUCACAGAAGAAACUCGUGGACAAACUGAGAAAUAGUGACCCAGAGAAGUUUGCGACUUUAUGUCGAAUGCAUUUGUGUUUUACACUGGACUUGAGUCAUGAAGAGUUUUCUGCAUUGUUGGAGCCCAAAAAAAGUGAAACUAAAUCCAGGAAAGGGUUUGGUGGUUUUGGAAAGAAAACAAGACCAGCUAAAGGUAUCAUGGAUGGACUUCCACUGACUCAGGAAGCAAUUUGUCAAGUGUUUCAACUUAUCAAGUACUUGUCGAAAGAUUUCAAUAUUAGUCAGGAAGGCCUGUUUCGAAAAACAGGAAGUGUGACACGACAGCAAGAGCUGAAGACAUUACUGAACGUGGGAGCAAUCAUCGACUUAGAUGCUGGCCAUUACAGUUCUCAUGACUGUGCAAGUGUUUUGAAAAACUUUCUUGCAGAAAUGCCAGAACCACUGCUAAUGGAAUCUCACUUCACAGUACACUGUCAAGUACCUAGACUAUACCAAGAAGAUCUUCCUCCGAGCCUAAGAGAGAAAGUUUUGAAGCGGCAGCUGAAGACGGUGCAGCUUUUAAUUCUUCUCCUGCCGAUCGAAAAUCAAUUUUUAUUAAAAGACAUUCUUAUGUUACUGCACAAAGUGACCAAGGCUCGUCAGAUGAACAAGAUGGAUUCAGUUAGUCUAGCAACUCUGUUUGCUCCACACUUACUGUGUCCAAGAAAGAUGAGUGCCAUGGAGUUGCAGGCAGACUUUGAAAACGUGGUGAAAGUGGUGUCCUUUAUGAUUGACCAUGUUCAUGACUUGUUUAAAGCACCAGCCGAACUUGUGCAAGACAUAAAGAUGCAUUUUAAAGAGCAAGAGGCUGUCGUUUCUCCCCUGACUGAUGCUGCUCAGAAGAGCGACGCCAUUCACACCGCUAUAACCUUCUGUGACCGAGGAAAGAAAGGAGGGAAGAAUUCUGCAGACUAUACCUCGCAUCAGUUAGCCGAGCUUUAUGCGUACGUACAAUGCAUGCCUGAUUCUUCACAGAAGAAGAGGUUUCUUAAGCAGUUCAAUAAAGAAAAUGGGUUUGGCACACCAAAAAUCAACAAAGUGAGAAAUCAUAAAAGAAGUAGAUCAGUAGGGGAUUCCAUUAAGAGACAUUUCUUAAGAGCCUCUUUCAAAAAGAAAAUUACCCUAGGAGAAAUUCAACGUAGUUCUAGUCUGGACAUUCUCGAGAACGAAAAAAAGGAUUUGUUUGAUACAGAGAAUGCACCAACGAGCAAUAUGGAUGAUGCUCGUAACAUCAAGGACAAGUUAGGAGAUAAACGGAAGUUUCAAGAAAAAAAGACUGUAGGAAACAGUCCACCUGUUAUUGUGCCAAAACUCAUGAGAACGGGUACUCCUUUAAGUAGGACCGUCUUAAGAGCUUCUAAACGUAUGAAGGCUGCAGUCAUGAUACCGAGAAGCCGAAACUCCGUGGUGCUAACACCUAACUGAUCUCAGUUAGUAGAAGGAAAGGUGAUUUAUGUUAGUUCUAAGAAAUUAUAUUUGUGUAUACUACUUUGAAGCGUGACCAUACAAUGUUAUGGACAUCAAAUCUAAGCGAAAAACAAACAUCAAAGAAAUGAGCAUGCAAUUCAUUGAAUUUCCAGUUGACAGUACAUUAUAAAAUCCAGUUAUUGAUAAUGAACUAAAGUUUGUUACAGCUAAAUGCAGAAACUUGAAUAUUGGAAACAGUUUCCCAGUUAGACCCUGAUGAAGAAAGGUCAACUUUUCAAAGAUGUUUGAAUUAUAGGUUGUUGUUUUUUUUUGUCUUAAGUUUAUUUUUUGAACUUGCAUGUUCUCCUAACAACAUGGAUGAUUAUUGGAAGUAGUGUAUUUUCUAAAAUAGUAUUAAAAACAACAUUUACAGUACAUUUCCAACAGACUUCUAAUUCAUACACCCCUUCCUAUAAAGUUGUAUCUUCAUAUUCGUUUAUAGAUGUAUAUGUUUAAUAGGUAAAGUUCUGUUAAGCCUUGCGAAACUUGAAAAUCUAUAUUAAUCAGGUUUUUAUUAUAAUAAAGUAAAAAGUGAUGUACUUGAAAGUAACUUUAAAAUAUCCCCUUUUUAAUGAAGACAAACAUUAUUGGAAAGAGCCAGAGAUUUAUCUUCUAUUGAUAGACUUAAAAUAAAAACUGACAAAUCGUGGGGGUGUGUAACUUAGAAUCAGAAUUGCCAGGGUAAAGAAAUUUGAAAAUCUAUUAGUAUAAUGCUACUAGUAACUCUGAGAAUGUUGAUUAUUUCAUUUUUAUGUUACACCUUUCUGUACAAGUUAUUCUUUCAAAUUGAUAUACAUUUGGUAUUUGAUUGCUUAUGUAGUAUAUUGAAGUAUUAGUAUUGUACUACUGAAAGGGGUGAUCGACAAUGUGGUCCAGAAACUUUUAACAGUUCAUAGACUGGUCACGAUAUGCGUAACUUAAUUUCGAAUUUUAUCUUAGUAUUAAAGUUAUGCAAUGUUUAUUUGACAUUAUUUGUAGUGUAUGUUAGUAAAAAUUAGAAUUAAAAAUAUUUCUUACUGUCUCACCACAACGAUAUGCAAGAAUUAACACGUACAAGCUUCUCGCUACAGUGUUGGAUCUGUCCGAGUUGAAUUACAUCUGUUGUUAUUUCCAGCAGAAGUCGAGGUGAAUAGACUUAGUCUCAACAUUGAAUAAGGGAGUUUAAUUUGCUAAAAUAUUUAAAUUCAUCGUUAUCUUAAUAGUAAGAUACUAACCUUUUUAUGGUCUCAAAUGACAGACGAGGAAUGAUAUAACAGCAUAUCAUGAAAAAUGAAAAUAUCACUUUGACAACUGUGAUAGUUUUAUUUCUCAGACAUUACUGUUGUUGUUGUAACAUUAAUCAAUUACUAAUUAUUAUUUUUUUGUAAAAAAAAUAACAUUUUCUGUAGAUAAAGUGUAGUUUUUAAAUGCAAUCCUUGGAGAGUUAUAUUAGAAGUACUGAUCAAAUAAACUGGUUUUUAUCUUUGUGAUGCAUAUUUCAAAGCAUUAAAUAAUUACUUAGAAAUAAGUAAAACUGGAGUCUUCUGUUUUAAACCAACAGGAACUGGGUUCAGUUAUUUUAUUAACAAGUUUUUAGAUUAUCUAGCUGUAGGUUUAAUGUUUUGUUUUUAAUAUCUUUGAAAGUUAUCGUUUUCCUUUUAACUCAAUAUCAUUUUGUUAUUCUUUUUCUCGUGUUUUCAUGAUUAAAUUUUAUAAAUGACUUGAUCUCUACAAAUUAUACUGUAUAUAAAGGUUGAUUUUUUUUUUUUUUAUGUAUAUGAAUUACUUGCUUUUGUGCUUUUGAAAUAUUUUGUCAAUUUCCCACCCUCCUCCCAAUGUCUGGAACUCUUCCGACUGGUAGCCCGAGAACAGCCUGAUAAAUAGUAGUGUGUCAGAUUGUGAAUGUGAGAUUCCAUGGUUCAAGUCCCAUUA